UGUAUCCUUGUCUCAUAAUCUUAAUGACUCGGUCCGCUUGCCUGCAUUCUUCCUUUAUUCUCCUAUCAACCCUCCCCACUCCCCUACUUCCCCUUCCUUGCUGCCUUGACUUUUUUUCUACAUUCCAUCCCCCUCCCCCCUCUUCCCUUUAAUCCUUCACACCGAAAUCGCGAGUGAUCAGGACCUCCCGUGGGCACAGAUGAAAUACUAAUAUCAAUCCUCCCCAAGAUUCCCACCGAAUAUUCUUCACCGGCGGUGGACUGCUCACAGGAUCGGACGUGACUUGCCCUCCCGUGAGCCGGUCCCCAUUUCCGCUUUAGGGAACUAUACUCGUGGAUCGCCCCCAAUUCUCUGACAGGAGAAACGUCACUAAAUAAAGAAACAAGACGGGCUCAAAGGAGGCAUUGCUCCCCAGUAGCCAGCAGCUCAAUUCUAUCAACAUUCCGUACCUCAGUAAACAGCCUACCCUGGCGUUGAAGCCUACGACCAUCACGGGGUCCUACACAGAUCACCGAAGGUGGAUGGAGACGUAUCACGGCCACGUCCGCACGCCGGCGGACGCUAUCAUCCUCUUCGAAGCAUGUCGCAUUGGCCUCCUGCCCCGCGUACAGAGACGAUUGUCCGAGAAAGAACGCCAGUUAAUACGCUCCGGAUCGGUCUUCGUGUGGGAUGAGCGGGAAGCGGGGAUGCGUAGAUGGACGGAUGGGAAGUCCUGGAGCGCUAGUCGCGUGUCGGGAAGCUUUUUGACAUAUCGUGAAAUGGAGGGCAAGCGAGGGGGAACAGGCGUGGCGCAAUCCACCAUGUCGCGAGCGGGCAAAACUCCCGAGAGUCGAGGGAGUGACGAUGACCGGGGGGACGGCGCAGAUGAGGGUCCAGAUGGCUACAGAUAUAAGCCGGACGGUCUGAUGAAGCAGUCUUUCAGCAUCACUACCUCUACUGGGCAACAUCUCCAUCUCAUCAGCUACUACUCUAGGUCACAUCCCUCCGCAGCCAACCUUCAACAACCAUCCACGGAUCCCGCACUGCGUCAUGUUCGUCCGCAGAAAGGUCUGUACCCAGAAUCUACUGUCAAUGAUCAACAAAAUCUGCCAGUAGUGACACGCGGGCCAAUGGCUGGAGCUACCUACUCGGUACCACCCCAUCCAAUGGGCGCAUAUGCCCGCUCGGGAGCCACGCAUCCUCAGUCAUACACUCCGUCAUACGCAUGGCCACCGACCCCAUUAGCUACCCCGCCAACCGUCCCGGUCCAUUAUGCUUCGUCGUACCUCCCGCCGGUAUCGGGAGCGAACGGUCAUGUGCCGCCAUAUGCUCACCAUCAACCACACGCCUUGCCUCCCCCACCCCCUCCACAACCGUUGGGAACACCUUAUGAGCGACCGGUGCAUCCAGUUGAGGCAUUGGCCCCGACAAUACAAGCUCCGAGCGUGCCGCAUCCGUCUCUACCGAUCAUUGCAAAUGGCCGGUCACCGCGGCUGGUCGCAGAUCCCCACGAGGUUCAUCAGCGCAGUCCCCAAGAAUACGGACCAGUGGACCUUCGAAGGGCGUCUCCACGCACACAACCACCGUCAAUCCCCCCCACUUCCGGGUUGGUUGCGCGAAGCCCACGCUUGUUGACUCAGGCUCCUUCAAAUGCGGUACACAUCUCUCCUCCAGCCACUACCAUUAAACCACCAGAACCCAGCAGCUCUGGCACAACUGUGCCUAGUAUUGGAGCUCUGAUGAACGGCACGCCAGCUAGUGGCUCGUUGCCAUCGAUCACCGCGCCGUCAACGGGACGAGCCGAAGGGCCGCGCGAUAUCCCCAGCGAGAAGAUUGGGUUCGGGGGAGAGGACAUGCGGGCCCUCCGACAAUUAGACCGGGUGUUUACUGCGUGAACGUGACCGGGGAUUCCUUUCAUCUCCCUACCUUCCGAUACUCCACACCCUGCACCUUGCACAUUACUCCAUCAUUCCUUAGCACCUGCUUUUUUUUUUUUUCUUAGCUCAUUGUAUGAGAUGUAUCCGUUCGCUGUUAUCUAAAAGAGAUAUGGAACGGUCAUGACGAUCUUGCUUUGUUAUUUAUCGUGGUUUUGGGCAGGACCGGCGUUGUUAAAGAGGGUGCAUCAUAAAGCAUGGGUGGGGUCUUUUGCUUUUUGUCUUCCAUUAUGGCUUGUCUAUUUCAGAUUCCCGAGGCCACUGUUUUCAUGGCAUUUGUUGAUAUACGCUUUGGGACUAGCCUUGGCUGUGGUUAGGAUGACUCGAUAUACCAAUUGAUCAUGUUGAUGAUUGAUUAUUUCGGUUGAGCUUACUGUAUCCAUGUCAAACGUGUGUAAAAAUCUCCCCUGUACCAUGUACAUAACUAUCCAUGGGAUACAUGCAAAUAAA